AUGGCCUUCAGAGCUUCGCCGGAUUGCGUUCGAAGUGGUCAAGAUGGCCCCUCUGCAGCCUCCACAGAAGGACUCAACAACAAGUCCGAGGAUGUGCCCCAGGACUCAGCUUGCGUGAGCCUGGCUGUUCCGACCGCCCUCGAAGAAGAAUUGAGCAAGUUGCAUCUUUCUGGUCAUGGGCCUCUCAGCGGACUUUCAAUUGGCCACUGCCAGACAAGGACUGGUUUGCGAAUUGGAUGGAAGAGUUGGAAACAGCCGGCACUUGCGUUCCAAUCUCAAGGUCGUGAGACGCAGAAUGACUCUCCAGGAAUGCAGCGUGAGAAGAAGCGAAACGUGCACAUACAGCCAUCCAGAUCUGAAGCGCAUGGAAGCUGA